UCAGAAAAUGGUGGACAGAGUAAAGACUGACGUUUAAAAAGUUGUUAAAAUAUACAUAAGUUUUAUUCUGUUUAAUGUAAAUAUUUUUAAAUUUUGUAUUUUAGUGCACGUAUGUUAAAGGUUAAACUAUGGCAUUAUCGAAAAGACCUGAGAAGAAAUAGUUUAACAGCAUGACAAGUCAGAAUCUCCAUAAUCCGUCUCUUUCUCAGCGUUAUCAGCCUGUAGCAGUUGUGGGUCCUUUUCAGGAGCCUCCUAAUCAAUGGUCAGGAGCUACCUCACUGCCAGGAGUUCCACCAACUGUUCCUGCUAGAGGAAUCAAAAGAAAUAAUCCUAGUGAUUCUAUUGGAACAAAUGAAUCAAGUACUCGCAUUCUUCCAGAUUAUUGGGCAAAUCCUACACAAAAAACUUUAUCACCUCAGGACAACCUUCUUAUGAAUGAAUGCAAUUUAGUUAUGAAGUCACAGAAUAUAAUGAAUUUAAACACUGACUGUAGUAUUAAAAACCACAUGGGUAAUAACACGCAUGAUGUUAACAUUAACAGAGUUCACAGCCCUACAUCCAGGUUGGAAAUUAAAUGGAAUUCAAUGCCAUGGUUUCAUGGAAAAAUAUCAAGGGAGCAAGCAGAACAACUUUUGCAACCAAGAAUAGACGGUUUAUUCCUUGUUCGUGAAUCAACAAAUUUCCCUGGUGAUUAUACUCUGUGUGUUUGUUACCAGAGCAAAGUUGAACAUUAUAGGAUUAAGUACCAUGACAGAAAUUUGACAAUUGAUGAUGAGGAGUUUUUUGAAAAUUUGGAAAAGUUAAUUGAACAUUAUCAAUUGGAUGCUGAUGGUUUAUGUACAAAGUUAGUUAAAUGUUUACCUAAGGAAAGUGGAAGUAAACUUCUAUUGAAAGAAACCGUCCAAAAUUGUCAUGAUAAUGAUCUGUUUGUUAUACAAGAAAAUGAACUUGAGAUUUGUGAACCUAUUGGUAAAGGAGAAUUUGGCGAGGUCAUGCUCGGGAAAUGGAAAAAACAAAAAGUUGCGGUAAAAGUUCUGAAGGAUUCCAGUGAGGCUGAGGCAAUAUUAAUGAAGUCGUUACAUCACGAAAAUUUGGUUAAUUUACUGGGUGUAGUUAGAAGAGUGGAUCAAGUUCUAUUAGUGACCGAAUACAUGAGUAAGGGUAGUUUAGUGGAUUACCUGAGAUCAAGGGGUCGUCAGCAUGUCACGAAAAGGGAUCAAAUCAAUUUUGCGUUCGAUACAAGCGCAGGGAUGGAAUAUUUGGAAAGGAUGCACGUAGUUCAUAGAGAUUUGGCAGCUAGGAACGUUCUCAUCGCUGAAAAUGGUGUAGCUAAAGUUUCCGAUUUCGGAUUGGCAAGAACGGAGAAAAAUACUUGCUUAGAAUCAGCAAAGCUUCCAAUCAAAUGGACUGCGCCAGAAGCUCUAAAGCAAAAUAAAUUUUCCAACAAGAGUGAUAUGUGGAGUUUUGGAAUUCUUCUUUGGGAAAUAUACUCAUUUGGUAGGGUCCCAUAUCCUCGAAUACCGCUUGUCGAUGUCGUUAAGCACGUGGAAAAAGGCUAUAAAAUGGAAGCCCCAGAAGGUUGUCCCCCUGAAGUAUAUGAAAUUAUGCGACAGGCUUGGGAUUUAAACCCCGACAAUCGUCCUACAUUUAAAGAAGUAAAAUCGAAAUUACAACAGUUGAAGUUGACCACAGUGUAAGUUAGUUGUCCAUGUACAUUUGCAGUCGAAAUUUCGCGUAUAUUGUAACAUUUAGAGGAGAGUUAAGUUGUAAUAUCUGUACUGUGAAUCUUCAUUCAUCAUACAUGCCAAAAAUAAUAAUCGUCAACACAUAUCUUAUAAUUCCAGUUUUUUACUACAGGUAGAACACGAAACAUUUUUAUAUUGUUAAUUAGUAUUCCGUACUGUUUCUACUUACUAAUUUUCGAAGGGUUUUUUUAGACAUUUUGUUCACAAAAUACAUCGUACUUAAGUUUUUCUUCUUUUUUGUAAUGAAUUGUCGUAUGCGUUGUGUGGCUAUAAAGUUUGUCAAAUGAAGCAGCUCUUGACAUGUUUUAGUUGUGAAUUUCACAAAUUUGUUGAUUGAUUGUGUGGAAUAUGACUGUCCAUUAUAAUUUUUUUUAUAAUGUUAUUUUGUUAAAAUAAAUUUUGAUUUUGAUAAAG